AUUUACAUAUUCCACAUCCGGUGAAAGAGGGAUUUUACCGUCUAUUUAUCUAACGUAAAUAUCUGGGCAGUGUAUGGGAAAUAGUGCAUCACAAGACAUGCCACCCCCGGUCACUGUAGCUGCUCAGGCGAGACAUACCGCCACCUUAAUAUUCCUGCAUGGCCUUGGAGAUACCGGUCAUGGGUGGGCAGACUGCUUCAGAAGCAUGAAACUACAGCAUAUAAAAUGUGUGUGUCCAAAUGCACCAAUUAAUUCAGUCACAUUAAAUGCUGGAAUGAAAAUGCCAUCAUGGUUUGAUAUAAUUGGUUUGGGUCCAGACAGUCCAGAAGACGAGGAAGGAAUAAAAGCCUCCUCAGAAAUUUUAAGGAAAUUAAUAGAAGAAGAAGAAAAAGCGGGUAUUCCAGCGGAGCGGAUUGUGAUUGGUGGUUUCUCCCAGGGAGGGGCUGUAGCUCUACACCAAGCACUGACCACCAACAAAAAACUAGCUGGAAUUCUGGCCUUUAGCACAUGGCUGCCUAUGCACAGAAAGUUAGAUCAGAUCAAGAAGUCCAAUAACAUAAAAGAGAUGGCCAUAUUCCAGGCUCACGGUACGGAGGAUCCUCUAGUUCCUUUCCAGUGGGGAGAAAUCACAUCCAAGGUCCUGGCCUCCAUGUGUGACAAAUAUUCCUUUCACAGAUAUCCCAUGGCUCACACAUCUUGUCCAGAGGAAUUGGCAGAUGCAAAGAAAUUCCUAGAAUCAGUUCUAUCCUGAUCUCCACUAGUCAAAUUUUAUUGGUUGGUUGAUAAGAGACUUGUAAAUGUAACAUAAGUGACAUAUUAAUAGUUCUAGAAGUUGACAGGCUUUGCACUGAUAGUAAUACCUCAAGUGCUACAGAUCAUAGAGUGCAAUAACUGGCAGACAAACAGACAUACAUGUAGUGCACAAGUGACACCUACUGAUAUUCAUGGCUGAUGUCAGCAUGCAGAUUUUUGAUAUAUGUUUUUUUUUUUGUAUUUUAAAGUAAUUAUCCAGUCAUAAUUAUGCAUGCAGAACUUUUUCCUACUUUUGUGUAGAAUUAUAUUUUUCAUUAUGUAAACAUUUCUCUGUAAAAGGAAAGUUUGAACAAAAAUCUAUCUGCUAAAGAUAUAUUAAAUAUGAAAACAGAGAUUUAAUUUUUUGAGUGGUAAAAAGAGUCAUUGGGAACAGUUAAUUUGUAUUGACUUGUCAGCAACUUGUUAAUACUGUGUAUUGUUUAUUAUUCAUAGUUCUAGAUUUAGGAGGUUAAUUUAUUUUAUAACAAUGGUCCUACUAUAGCCAUCUGUUAUAAAUGAAUGUGACUGUAAGCAUUCACCAUGUAUUCGAAAGUAGCAUUUUC